AUGCCACCACCACCACCAGCACCGCCAGCAACCCUACACCCACUGCACGCGCAGCUCAGCACGUCACUCCUCACGCGGCACCACCUUGCGGUGUCGCCAGGAUGGCUGAGCGAGUUCCUGUCGUCGCGGGGGCCGAACGCAACACUCCCCCCUCUGCCGGCACUGACGUCGACGGCGCACUUCCGGGUCCUGGCCAGCGACAUCCGCACGUCGCUCUGCCAACAGGCAUUGGACGUCUUGCCCGCCGACGUCGCCGAAGUCACGGUCAAGGAACGGCGGCUCGACGGCGCCGUCGUCGUGCAGGUCCUCGACGUCGUCGACGUCGGCAGCAGUAAGUGGAGCCAGGUCGAGGCGAUCGAGCGCGUCGAGCGCGGCGAGGAGGUCCGUGGUCGCGAGGUCAUCCGUACCGUUGCUGAGGAUGUUGGUGGCGGUGGUGGAGGAAAUUCGACUACGUCUACUUCUACGUCUGGUUCGACCGCUCCCACGGCGACAGCUACGGCCAAGAAACUCACCAGUGGACCGCAUAAACUGCUCGUGCAGGACGCCCGGGGCACCCAGGUGUUCGCCUUCGAAGUGGUCAAGGUCCCGAAGAUCGCGCUCUCGAUCGCCGCUUCUGCGUCUGCGUCUGCGUCGGCUGCUGCUGCUACUACUACUGCAGCGAUGAACCAGGCUCAGGCUCCCCUGCAGAACAUGCCGAUCGAGGAUCCCGGAAUGCUCAUCGGAUGUAAGCUGUUGCUUCGGCCGGGGACAGCGGUGCGGAGAGGUGUCGUCAUGCUGAGGCCGGAGGAUUGUGUCGUGCUGGGUGGCAAGGUCGAUACUUGGGAUAGGAAGUGGAAGGCGGAGAGGAAGGAGAGGCUGUUGGCCCUGGUGGUUGAAGGGGCUUCGGGUGCCGCGGCGGGUUGA